UUUUUUGACACUUGCCUUUUUGUUCACCUUUCGCGAGUGCAGUGGGAGACUGUGUUAUUUUUCGUCGGUAUAAUUUACGGUCUAUUAAAAUUAUUUGACCGGCAACUGAUUAAUUUAUUUGUGUUCAAUCUCUGUACUUAAUAUUCGUUUUGUGUUCUAUUAAUGAUCUCACGUAAUUAACCCCUAUAGUUUGUUUCCACCAGUGUAUUGUGUGUGUUUCGUGAUAUUUUUCAAAAUAAGCGGGUACUUUUUAAAAUAAAUAGUGUGGUAUCUAUUAAAUCAUAUUUGCUGUUUUACUAAAUAUGGUGAAAUUGUGAGUAGUUUGGCAGUUCUGAUGCUACAAGUUUUAAUUGGUUCAAAGUAUGGAGUCAGGGAAGGCUAAAGGCCGCCCCCCUCAUCCAAGGGCCAAAGCUAACCCUUUCUCUGCACUUACUUUUGCGUGGACAUUACCAAUCUUCUGGAGUGGAUUGAAACAUGAAUUGGAGGAAAAUGAUCUCUACGAGCCCCUGGAGGAACAUGCUUCAGGUCCGCUGGGCGACAAGUUCGCGCGGCUCUGGGACGAGGAGGUGGCGCGCGCGGGGGACAAGCGCACGCCCAGCUUGCUGCGGGUCAUCUUGAGGGCGUACGCAGGCAAGUGUCUGCUGUACGGCUUCGUGCUGCUGUUCAUGGAGUGCGGUAUCCGCGUGGCCCAGCCAGUGUUCCUGGGCAUGCUGGUGGAGUACUACUCUCCGGACCAGAAGUCUGUGACUCGCGAGGAGGCGUACUGGUACGCGGGCGCGGUGGUGCUGUGUUCAGCGCUGAACGUCUUCGUCAUACACCCGUACAUGAUGGCCAUACUGCAUAUGGGCAUGAAGUUCAGGGUCGCUUGCUGCUCGCUCAUUUAUAGAAAGUCGCUCCGGCUUUCCAAAACCGCUCUCGGGGAGACCACGGUCGGCCAAGUCGUCAACUUACUGUCCAACGACGUGAACCGCUUCGACGUGUCCAUAAUCUUCCUGCACUACCUGUGGAUCGGUCCGCUGGCCACGGUUGUCAUCACGUACCUCAUGUGGCAGGAGAUACGCUGGGCGGCGGUCGUGGGGGUGGCGUUUAUGCUGGCGUUUAUACCGUUGCAAGCAUACCUCGGCCGCCGCACCUCAGUGCUCCGGCUGAAGACAGCCCUGCGGACCGACGAGCGAGUGCGUCUGAUGAACGAGAUCCUGUCCGGCAUCCAGGUCAUCAAGAUGUACACAUGGGAGAAACCCUUCGCGGAUUUGGUGGCUAAGGCUAGAAAGCACGAAAUCAAGGAGAUCCGAGCGACUUCCUACAUCCGAGGAGUCCUGACCUCCUUCAUAAUGUUCACGACCCGGAUCUGCCUGUUCUUCUCGAUCCUGGCGUUUGUUCUGGAGUACAACGUGAUCAGCGCCAAGCAGGUGUUCGUGGUCACCAGCUUCUACAACAUUCUGAGGCAGACCAUGACUGUUUUCUUCCCGCAAGGCAUAGCAACAGUAGCCGAAGCAGCCAUAUCCAUCAAACGUCUACAGAGCUUCAUGCUGUAUGAAGACACGAGCAAGCCAGUACCAGGCCUCACUGACAUCCAGACCUCGACUAAACCCAAGGCCAAGGAGCCUGAGAAGACAGCUGCUGACAUACUGAGGGAGGGGUUGAAGCCUGAGCAAGAGACCAAGCCGCUUAAUGAUGAACCUAAGGAGAAGAGUAAAGGGAAUGGCAACGCAGAAGCGCCUCUCGAAUCAGGCGAAGAAGACUCCACGGAACUACAUAACUUAGAAGAGGAUGCACGCUCCGUGCGGCUCAAGCACGCGACGGCCAAGUGGCUGCCGGACCAGCACGAGAACACGCUGACUCACCUGUCGCUCACCAUCAAACCCGGCAAACUAAUAGCCGUCAUAGGUCCAGUAGGCGCUGGCAAGUCGUCCCUACUGCACGUGCUACUGAAAGAGUUGCCACUCAUAUCAGGAUCAGUCCACGUCGGGGGAACAGUGUCCUACGCUUCCCAAGAACCUUGGUUGUUUGCUGGCAGCGUCCGUCAGAACAUCCUGUUCGGUCAGCCCAUGGACCGGCCGCGCUACAACACGGUGGUGCGCCGCUGCGCGCUGGACCGCGACUUCGCGCUGCUGCCCUUCGGAGACAAGACCCUGGUGGGGGAGAGGGGCGUCAGCCUUAGUGGCGGUCAACGCGCCCGAAUCUCCCUCGCUCGCGCAGUCUACAAACGCGCCGACAUCUACCUGCUAGACGACCCGCUGUCGGCGGUGGACGCGCACGUGGGCCGGCACCUGUUCGAGGCGUGCCUGGUGGGCUACCUGCGCCGCCACACGCGCGUGCUCGUCACGCACCAGCUGCAGUUCCUCAAGGAUGUGGACCAGAUAAUAAUCCUCAAGAACGGCACAAUAGCCGCGGCCGGCGACUUCGGGACGCUGUCAGCGUCAGGUCUAGACUUCGCCACGUUGCUGGCUCGAGGGGAGGAGGUGGAGGAGAAGGUCAAGGUCAAGGAGCAGCCUCCGGAGGCGUCCGCUGAUGACGUGUCGCUGCAUGAGAGCUUCAGGAAGCGCCAGCUUAGUAUACACUCUGUGAGCUCAGUAGACAACAUAACCCUGGCCGCGCCGCCAGAAUCCCGGGGCGAGGCGGAAUCCCGCUCCACGGGGGCAGUCACAGGCGCAGUCUACGGGGCGUACUUCCGCGCCAGCGGGCACGCGCUGCUGGUGACGGCCAUGGCGCUGGUGGCGCUGGCCGCGCAGCUGCUCGGCUCCGGCAGCGACUGGUUCACUAGCUACUGGGUGAACCUAGAAGAGGCGCACCCGCUGACGGCACUACGCGGCGUGACGGCCGCCGACGCCAACGCCACGGGGCCGCUACAGCAGGCUGACAACCUCACGUUCACCAUGUUAGAUGAUGUGGUGUUCAAGAACGGACUGUCGAGAUACGAUUGUAUUUAUAUUUAUACUGGCAUGAUAAUCGCGCUAGUCGUCAUCUCCCUGCUCCGCUCCUUCAUGUUCUUCUCUAUGGCGAUGCGAGCGUCGACCCGUCUGCACAACAACAUGUUCUCCUCUAUAACACGGGCUCCGAUGAAGUUCUUCCAUGCUAACCCCUCUGGACGGAUCCUGAAUAGAUUCUCUAAGGACAUGGGCGCUGUGGACGAGGUGUUGCCGUCGGCGUUGCUGGAUGUGUUGCAGAUCGGUCUAGCGCUCAUCGGUAUCGUCAUAGUAGUAGCGGUAGUCAACUACUGGCUGCUACUACCGACGAUGGCCAUCGCGCUCAUAUUCUACGGCCUGCGCAUCUUCUAUCUCUCUUCCUCGCGCAGCAUCAAGCGCCUCGAGGGUGUAACUCGCAGUCCGGUGUUCUCUCACCUGAACGCGACCCUCCAGGGCAUCACCACGAUCCGCGCGUUCGGCGCUCAGGAGGCGCUGAUACGAGAGUUCGACAACCACCAGGACUUGCACAGCUCCGCUUGGUUCCUAUUCAUCGCGAGCUCCCGCGCGUUCGGCUUCUGGCUGGACUUAGUGUGCGUCAUCUACAUCGCCAUCGUCACGCUCAGCUUCCUCGUCAUGGACACAGAUGAAUUCGGCGGCAACGUCGGGCUGGCCAUCACGCAGGCGAUGGGCCUCACCGGCAUGUUCCAGUGGGGCAUGCGCCAGUCCACCGAGCUCGAGAACCAAAUGACCAGCGUCGAGAGGAUAGAAGAAUACUCGCACAUCGAGUCCGAACCUCCCCUAACAUCCGCCCCCGAGCACAAGCCGCCGCCCGGCUGGCCUGAAGAGGGGCGGGUGGAAUUCCGCCACAUGUCGCUCUACUACAACAUGGAUGAAGGACCUGUGUUGAAGGACCUGACGCUGGUUAUUGAGCCGAAGGAGAAGGUCGGCAUUGUGGGCAGGACCGGCGCUGGGAAGUCGAGCUUGAUUAAUGCGCUGUUCAGGCUAGCAACGAUAGAGGGCGAGAUCAUCAUCGACGGCCGCGAGACGUCCACCCUGGGGCUGCACGAGCUGCGCAGCCAGAUCUCCAUCAUACCACAGGAGCCGGUGCUGUUCUCGGGCACCAUGCGGCACAACCUGGACCCCUUCGACGAGUACCCCGACACUGUGCUUUGGAAGGCGCUGGAAGAGGUGGAACUCAAAGAGGCCGUGAGCGAACUCGCGGCCGGCCUAUCCUCCCGCAUGGCCGAAGGGGGCAGCAACUUCUCCGUGGGGCAGCGGCAGCUGGUGUGCCUCGCGCGCGCCAUCGUGCGCCGCAGCCGCCUGCUCGUGCUGGACGAGGCCACCGCCAACGUCGACCCGCAGACGGACUUCCUCAUCCAGAAGACGAUAAGGAGCAAAUUCGCAGAGUGCACCGUACUCACCAUCGCCCACCGAUUGCACACCGUCAUGGAUUCAGAUAAGGUGCUGGUGAUGGACGCGGGCCAGAAGGUCGAGUUCGACCACCCGCACCGGCUGCUGCAGACAGAGCGGGGGGUGCUGCGCGGCAUGCUGGAGCAGACCGGCCGCGCCACCGCCGACAACCUCGCCCGGAUAGCGCAGCAGGCUUACGAAAAGAAGUAUGGCGCGGCGUCUUCAAGCACCGAGUGAACCAUGACCUCCGGGUUUAAGUUCCUCAGGGUGCCCGCUGUGUGGGACACGGUGGCCCCGCGUGCCCCACCCCGCCGCCCCGAGCCGGCCUCAUCACUCAUCACAAAUCAAUCAAUGUCGCCGUAAAGCUCAAUUUUGUGUGCAUGCUACUUACAAACGUUUAACUUUUAAGUGUAGUUAUUGAAACAAUGUUACCGUAUAGACAAUUUUUACAAUUUUGGACAUGUAAGUGUUAGUUUAGUGCGGCUAUUCCCCAGUGAAGACUGCCAAUAAGAGGGUAUCUCCAAACGCUUUCAGAUCUAUUACUGCCUUAACGAAUUUCGAAUAUUUUUAUGAGACUAUACUCAAUGGUAGAUCUGAACUAUUGAAAUUAAUGAAUCAUUGUACUUUAUCACGUUAUACUAUUUUUAUUUGCUAUUAUUACUUUGAUGAUGAACGGAGUGAUCUGAUAUAAUUAAUAUUUUGGUUUGGUUCCUAAGAAACAUGAUUAUGAUUAUUAUUAUAGCUAGGUAUAAGCCGUUUGCUUCAUGUUUGAUGUCGAGGAAGGCUGACUUUUCAUAUUUUAGUAACAUUAUGUAACAGAUCUUUUCAAUAGGGCAUAGGGCAACAUUAUACAGCUGAUUAGCGUUAGCUAUCAUAAUUAAAUAGUUACCGUCUGAGUUUAUUGUAUUCCUCACGAAGCAAACAAGAAGCAAAUUGGAACUCAAUGUUAUUGCCACUGGAUGCAAUAACACACCGUGCCUAAGACAGAAAUGUGUCCAAUCACUUUAAUUAUUAUUUAAGGUGCUAGUACUUUUAUUUGAUCGUACUUAAGUUUUACGUAAUACGCUAUUAGUCGUAAUUUUAGCUAAUUGCUACAUAAUAGUAUUUUUACGUUUCCAUCAGCUAGUACUUAGUAAUUUAUUCAAUAUGUCUGUGUAAUUUUGAUACUUAAUAUUCGCAAACUGAUACCAACUACUCUCCAUAGUAUUUCGUGUCAGUAAUAAAUAACUAUUAAUAUUAUUAAUGUACGACAUUAUAAAAUAUUCAAUGUGAUAAUUGUAUUACAUGCAAGAAGUGAUCUUACUUACAGUGCCUAUGAAUAUCGAUACCAAUGUCAAUGAUCUGUAAUUUAGUUUUCUGUUGUGUUUUACAAUAAAAUUAUUAUUUUACUAGGUAAAA